GGAGGAUGGGAGUAAAAGGGACGGACUCACGCGCCACCCAGCGCUAGAAAUUGGAUGUGUCGACUCUUGAGACCGCGUUCCAAUUGCGUGGCUUCGUCCAGAGAAACGACGCCGUCGAUCACCUGCGAGCCGCCCUGCGCCUCGUCGGCGCUGGGCUUUUCGUCAAACCCCUCGUUCUUCAUCUUGAGGUGGCGGGAAGCUGCUUGGUGGAAACCCGGGCAGCACUUGCUUGGUGGGAGGAAGACGGGGAGGGUUCGGUGAAGUAUUUGAACGCGUCGCUUAUCUUGGACGACUUGCACCCCACAGCGACAGGUGGGCGCGAUUUGGAUACGACACACGCGGGGGAACCGAUGAGGACCCACGACUCUCCGGAAAAGCUGGGGAUCCAAGAGGCGUGGUGGAGGUUGGGUAGUACCCGGCCGUUAUUUCAGGGCUUGAGAUCCUGGAGGGCCGUAAAUCCCGGGCGGUUGCUGUGCGAUGGUGGCAAGGACCGGCCGACAGACUGGGAGCAGGCGCGGGCUGCAGGGAAAGCAGGGCAUGCGUCAAAAUAUGACAUUCCCAUUCCCACGCGAGGGAGUGCAGGGCACCUUGUUGGGCGAGCUGCUGCUGACUGCAUCACUCUGUCGCGGGCGACUCGUCAGGCACGUGAGGGUCACAACAUGGGAACGGGGAUUGCCGGACCCAUCCAGCCAUGGAGCCACGUCCGGGGAAGACGAUGGAUCAUGGAUGGAGAGAAACUCCGGCAGAGAGCAACCAUCGCCGGGGUUACGCCGUCGCAAGUCUCUGUUUGGGGCAAAAGCCGGUCGGUGAGAGAAUCGAUGACCUUCCUAAUUGGCAACGAACCAAUCCUUGAACAAUCCUUCCCAUUUGUCUUGUGCAGGAUCCAUGCUGGGCAAUGCAGCACGCUGAUCGUGCGGCCCACAAGCCAAGUAGCGCAAUCGUGCACCACUGCAUCAGGAACUGGGUGAGUGGUUCAACCGCGACUAUCCGAAAACCAAGACUCGAGCAAGAUAAGCAC